CUUUUUAUAAUCUCUCCGUUUUUAAGCGAAUUGGAGGAGAAGAGUGAGGAAAAAAAAGAAUAUAUGGCGACCAGUGUGGAGAAGACGGGUAGCUCAACCAACAACAACCCGGCUCUGGAACCGGACACGGAUAGUCCGGAUAAUCCUGCCCACGAGUUCGCGGAGUUCGGAGCCGGCUGUUUCUGGGGAGUGGAGUUGGCGUUUCAGCGAGUCGUCGGGGUGGUAAAGACCGAGGUUGGAUACUCCCAGGGUCACGUACCCGAUCCGAAUUACAAGCUGGUAUGCUCCGGAUCCACCAACCACGUCGAGGUUGUCAGGGUCCAGUUCGACCCGCAAGUCUGUCCGUACACCAAUCUCCUCUCUCUUUUCUGGAGUCGCCAUGAUCCUACUACCCUCAAUCGCCAGGGUGGUGAUGUUGGGGCCCAAUACCGUUCAGGAAUAUACUAUUUCAAUGAGACUCAAGCACGUCUAGCCCAAGAAUCAAAGGAAGCUAAGCAGCUGGAAUUGAAGGAUAAGAAGGUGGUGACUGAGAUCCUUCCAGCUAAGAAAUUCUACAGAGCAGAGGAAUACCAUCAGCAGUAUCUGGAGAAAGGAGGUGGUCAAGGCAACAAACAAUCUGCCGGAAAGGGUUGCACUGACCCUAUUAGAUGCUAUGGCUGAUAGAAAUAUGUGAAAUGAUAUAUGAUAUAAAUAAAGUUGCUGUAUUUGGUUUUUUGCUUGCUUGGAACCUCUGGUUUUUAGUAGCACAGAAACCCUGCUAAGUUAUGUGUUUUUUUCCUCAGUUUAUGAAUCUCAUAUUCUGAAAAAUACACUUUAAACUGCUUAAUAAGCUCUCUGCUUUAUGUGCUUUAGUUGUCAAAUAUAUGUGGACCUGCUUUGGCAUGAGAUGACCAGUUAGUUGUUGUGUGUGAUUUUUCCAUAUAAAUGAAGAAUCUAGUCUUUUGCUUA